AUGACAGAUUUUCAACCGUUCUCUCCCAUUGAGGAACAUUAUUUGAAAAGAGAAUUACUAAGAAUCCAGUUACAGAAGGAACUGGAAGAACUUAAUAAUCCAUUAGCAUUACGCAACUUUGGCUAUCCAUUCACACAAGAUGAUCCCAAAAUUGUGGCUAAAUCUUUGCAUACUUCCCCUAUCAAGAGGACAAUAAGUCAUGUAACCAGAUCACCUUCGAAAAAGAUACAAGAAGAGCAAAGUGACAUCGUUAGGAAUUGCAACACUACUGAGUUUCCCAUGCUGUCUUAUAUCGUACAAGAAUUCAUAAUGUCGUUUCCAUUAUUUGCAAGAAAUUUAUCAAUUGAUGAGUCCUUUUGGCAGACCAAAGUUCAAAUAUUCUUCGAGCAUUUUAUGACUCUAGGUUUCAGUGAUAGUAUGGACAGGGAACAAUCAACGAAGAGAAAAAAAAUUGGCCAAAAAUUAAAUAAGAUAGUGUUACUCUUGUUCAACUCAGGUAUUGGUACAAGACACGAAGGUAUUUAUUACAGCCAAGAUAAGUUUACCUUAGAAAAUGAGAACGUCAGGAAAAGAUCAAAAGUAGAAGACUUCGCCAUUCCAACAAAGGAAACUUUACAAAAACUCGUUACCACUGAGCCAAUGUUUAUUAACGGAUGGGAUAUUAAUAUUGUCGCAGUAAUACCUGAAUCAUCAAUGCUAUCUUACAAAGGGAAAACAAAGAAGAACUCUUCAAAGCCAUCUGUAACUUCCUCAUUUCCAAUGAAAUCUUUUUCAUCAACUUCAAAAUGGAUGAAAAAUGCCUUUAACGUCUCAAAUUCGCCAACUGCACUCUUGUCAAAAUUGUCGCUUACUGGGACUACUACUCGUACUACCACCUCCAAGAAAAGGCAUUACCGCUAUUUGAUCAAAGUUAGAAGUACUGAACAUAAAGAAACGAUUAUUUAUGUCGCUAAAUCUUAUCAGGACUUAAAGCAAUUGUCUCAUGAUCUGAAAAGUAUAUAUCCUGGUAAGAAAUUUCCAAGAUUACCGCAUAAGACUAAAAAAUCAGUUUCUGUGGUGACGGCGCCUGAUUAUGGGGUCGUUAUAAACAAUAUGAAUAAUAAAGUGCCUUCCACCCCUGUGGAGCGGAUUAUAAACAGCUUUGAAACUGAAACUAUGUCUUUGCAAAGCUCUAGUAACAAAUCCACUAGUUCUUUACAAGAAUCCUAUUCUCAGCCACUAACGAAAACGAAUUCACAAAGUAUGCCAGAUCUCAACGAACCUUUAGCAAAAGUAGAGACUGAUGAAAAGGAACAACAAGAAAGAGAGGAAAGGGAGGAAGAGGAUGAGGAAGAAUUUGAUGAUGACGAUGAUGACGAUGACGAAAGUGAUAAAGAUAGCAUAUUUCAUGAUGUAUCAGACCAGAAGACGAGUUGCCUAGCUCACGAGAAAAUGAGAACAUCUUUAAGACAGUAUUUGAGAACGUUAAGUAAAGACAAAGAAGUAUCAGAAAGUCAUGUUUUCCAAGAGUUUUUGUCCAGUCACGUCGCUAAUGAAACAGAGUUUAAUAAUGAGAUAAAGGAGGAUAUAAAAAACAGGGAACUGGUCGAUAUUAACAAUCUUGAAAAUCAGUUAAAAUUCCAAAGGCUAGCUUUGGAAAAAUCCUUAAAAUUACAAGACUCCAUGAAGGAGUUUAAAGCUUCAUUACUAAAAGAUGAUGCCUAUUUGUUGUCAUUAAUGGUUGAGCUUAAAACCAAAAAUAAAAUAUCUGAACUCUCAGCUUUACCAAGAGGUUUUAUUGAAUGGUCUAAAAUUUACCUCUCUUCCAUCAUCUAUCAACUCUUUUUGGGAAAUGACAACAGUUAUGGAUUCUAUACGCAAAUCAGACGACUACAUAAGUUAAUGCCAUAUAAAAUUAUGGAACAGAUUAUGCGAUUUACCAAUCCUAUGAUAAUAAUGAAAAAUAUGAUGGAUUUAUUCAUGGCUCAACCAUUUGGUGGACAAUCUCUUCUUCAAACAAUGUUUUCCACCAUUUUAACCGAUGAUUUGAAGAGUCAAAAGCAUAUUAUUAAAAAACUAGAAGAUAACAUCUUAAAAAAUGACGAUGCAGAAUACGCAAGAUUGAUUAUUACUUGUCUCAAAAACACAAUUUUCCAGAUUGAGAAACCUUCAAGUGAUCAAAUAAUUGAUAUGGGUUUAAUCCACGAAGAAUCGGAGACAUUAGGAAUGCCGAUUGUAUUACUUAUUUUAAUGAAAAGUGCUGAAAAAAAGAUUAUCUUGCCAGAAGCAGUUGAUGAAUUGAUAGAGUCUUACAGCCUUUGGAAAAUAAAGGGAAGAGAGAUUGAUUCCCACAGCUUAUAUUUCCAACAUAUUAAAGAGCUUUUCCAAUUGUAUAUCAAAGAACAUGAUAAACGAUUGAUGCGCCAAUUAUGGCAGGAUCCAGAACUGUCACAAUUAUUAAAAGCAACUAUUUCUUUAAUUUAUGAACCAAUGAUAAAAAUUUUCAAGGUUGCUAGAAUAGAUGUUGCCUUAAAGAAUUUUCAAAGAUUUAUGGAUGACCUAAUCAAAUUGAUGGACGAUAUUAUCAAUGGACAAGUGGGUACCUCAACACAAUUUAGCAUCAUCGACAGUAUUAACAAUCUAGUUACAAAACAUCAAGAUUCAUUUUUUGACUUUGUCCACGAUGUUUACAUCAAUGACACAGAAGGUAUCUUUGAAGGUUUUGUUACUUGGAUUGCGAAAAUAAUAAAGUUCUUACAAGUUAGUAAAUUUGGACGAGAUGAAGAAAGAAUAGACUUUAAUUCACUUUUAUCUGCGGAAGUCGGAAGAAUCGACGUACCCUUAUUACGUAAACAAGUGGAUGAAGUCAUUAACAAAAAGUUGGAGGCAAGAAAACUGUAUAGCAAAUUGUUAGAUCUUAAAAUUGAAUCUGAUCCAAAUCUCAACAAUGAUCAUGCAAAUAAAGUGCUUGAAAGAAAAUGGGAACAAGUUAAUUCUAUGGUGAUUCCGAAGGGCACGAUUACCUUCGGUGUUCACGACAGUGAACUAGUGGAUCUAGAUCUGGAUGUUGCCGAUUACGAUUAUUUACAAAAGGAAGGUGAGAUUCAAUUGGAACAGAAGUACGAGAAGCUAUUAAAUCAAAACAGCUCCACGGAGGAAAUUCAAAAAGUGAGAUCCUUAUUUUUUGAAGACUGUUUGAGAAAGGUUCUCAAACCACUAGACUAA